GUUUGGAGGGAGGGAAAGGGCCAGUGCCAGAGGGGCUUAGAUAGGGUUUUCUGCAAGCAAUUGUGAUCCCAGCGAUGGCGCUCCAAACCGGCGCAGGCCUAUCCAAGAUCGUGAUCCUUGUCGGAGCAGGGUACACCAGCACGGUUCUUUUCAAGAACGGGAAAUUGUCCGAUGUGUUGGGUGAGCUUCAGGCUGUGGUGAAAGGAUUAGAGAAAAGUGGGAUAGCAGAGGGUGACCCAGACUAUUCUGAUGCCAUUGCUUCCCAGGUGCGUCGGUUAGCAGCGGAAGUCCGACAACUGGCCUCAGCUAGACAUACGAUCAAUGUGCAUGGUUGCGAUCAGACGACGACGACGACGUACAUCAAUUAUGGUAGCAUAACACCUCUUCUAGUGCCAGCCGCUGCCUUAGGAGCAUUGGGUUAUGUAUAUAUGUGGUGGAAGGGGCUUUCAUUCUCAGACCUUAUGUAUGUGACAAAGAGUAAUAUGGCAAAUGCCGUUUCAAACUUGACAAAACAUCUCGAGCAUGUGUCUGAGGCUCUUGCUGCAACAAAGAGGCACUUGACACAGCGAAUUGAAAACUUGGAUGGAAAACUGGAUGAUCAACUGGAGAUAUCGAAGUUAAUUAAGACUGAGGUUACUGAUGUUCGUGGUGAUCUUUCUCAAAUUGGCUACGACUUGGAUGCUUUACAGAGAAUGGUUUCUGGCUUGGAUGGAAAGAUUUGCUCACUAGCAGACAGACAGGACCUUGCAAAUAGGGGAGUGUUGUACCUGUGCAACUUUGUUAAUCGAGUAGAAGUGGAAAUGUCAGAAGUUCUCCAGCAGGAACAACUUAAGCUUUCUGGGAAGUCUCGUGGUUGUCUUACUGCUUCUGAAACUUCAAGCCUAAAGGGUCUGAAGGAGAUAACAGAUUAUUUAGAGAUGGGAAAUGCCAGUAGGUCGAUAACAGAUGGCUCCUGCCAAGACUCUACUGAGGAGCUGGAUGACCCGCCCACUAGUCCGACAAGUGACAGUUGAUGUAUCUGUGUUGAUGCCUGAAAUGAUAUGUAGAGGAUGGAUUCAACCAAACAUUAAUUAAGCUAUUCCGGAAAAGACAUCAAGUAGGUUUCUCUUUCAGCAUGUCCAUGGAGAAAGGAAGAAACGUGGAUCGUACACAUUUCACAGUUUUUUCUUGUAACUUUUUUGUAAUUCUUCUUGUCAUCGUUCAUCCGUACAUGUUUUUGUGAUUCUCUCAUAUUUUUCCAGUAUGUUGUACAUGAUGCUCUGCAAGCACAUGUAUACUCAUGUUUCUUUAUUCCUUUGACAUGGUAUUUCAGAAUAAAUUGUAAUACAGGACCACAGGUUUGUUGUUGUGCUGGUAAAAUUGUUAUGCAACAUUGAUUUCAGAUGUAUAUUUGUUGGAUAUUCUUUCUGAA